GCGGCUCCGGCUGCGCUCCGGUCCGUGCGUCCCGCCGGGCCCGGCCGGCUCCGGCAGCUGCGGCGGGCGGGGCGGCGCGGGGGGACGGGAGCCGAGGCUCCCCCCGAGCGGGCCCGGCGGCGGCAGAUGAGGUGAAAAAUCCUAAAGAUGAACAGCAAUGCACUACACGUGUCUUCAAAGCUGCCUUGGCUAGAAGUGGAAUGUAGUUUCCUGACAGAUCUUCUUACAAGGAAGUUGUAAAUCCUUUCUAAUGGCCAACAAGAAAGAGCCUCCUUUUUUUAAUAAAGAUAAUAUGGGACCAUUUCACUACAAACUUCCUUUCUAUGAAACUAUGGAGCUCUUCAUUGAAACGCUAACAGGAACCUGCUUUGAACUGCGAGUUUCCCCCUUUGAAACAGUUAUUUCUGUGAAAGCUAAAAUUCAAAGACUGGAAGGUAUUCCUGUCUCUCAGCAGCACUUAAUUUGGAAUAAUAUGGAACUGAAGGAUGACUAUUGUUUGGAUGAUUAUAACAUUUCAGAAGGCUGCACUCUGAAGUUGGUUCUGGCAAUGCGAGGUGGACCUGUUAACACCAGAAGAGUUCCUGUGAAAGAUCCUAUCAGGGAAAUGGCUGAGUAUAUGGAUCCUGCUAGAGACAAGAUUUGGGAGAAAGGGCCAUCCAACAAACAAGUGACCUUCUUAGUGUAUCGAGAAGGAGAUCGGUUGAAUUUCUUCCGUGUGGUUGACAGGGGCGAUGGCACUUUAACACCACUCUCUGAAUCUUUGAGGAACUGGAUUUGGAGAGUCAGUACAAAAAAUGCUGGCUCUAAAGGCAGCAGAAUAUUUCCAAGAAUCAGGAGAAAUAGAAUAUCACAUCCACAUGGAAAAUGUAAUUCAAUUACUUCAUUAGAGGGUGAAUACAAACUUUCUUUUAUUUUCAGUGGUGGUUCAGUUUAUAAUUUAUAUGCUGAUGACGAAGAUGAGACAGAGGCAUCACCUUCUGGCCAACAGAUCAUUGAGAAUUCAAUUACUAUGAAUAAAAUGAAACUGCUCAAGGCAAAGAUGGAGAACAUGAAUCUGAGUAAAAAGCCUAAGAAAACUGUCAAGGUGAAGCCUCGGCCUCCCAUGACUCCUCGACCAUCUAGUGGCUCGGUGGCUGCUGCUCGUCACCGCUUCCUGAGAGUGCUCCCCCAUAUCGGACAGUCGUGCCUACCUCCUCCUGGGAAUUUGCAUCAGUCAGAAUCUCCCCAAAAUGCACUUUCAGCAUUGGCUACUCUGGCCACUGCUGGUAGAACAAUGCCAUCCACAGCUAAUCACUUCCUUAAGGAAGAUGACGCUUGGCAGAGCAGCUCUUGGUCUCAGCCAGUCAAUAGCAUCAGGUUACCACCGAAAAUAUCUCGCGUUGAACUAGAAAAUGCAAAACUACCUACAAAUAGUAUUCUGACUCCUGUUUCAUCCCUGCCUGCAAAUUCAGAAAAAGCACCUGAAAGUGUGACCUCAGCAGGUGAGGAGGAUGCUGUUUUGUUUCCAAAUCUAACAAACGUGGAACUAUAUGGAACAGAAGAAGAACAUCUACAUGAACCAGAUGCUUUUGCUUUUUUAACAGAAGCCAGCACUGCUGAACAGUGUAGUGAGAUCUAUGACAUAGGAAAGGUGAACCCAGAGCUUGAAUUGCCUGAUGGAGACAAAGAUUCUAAGGUUGUAGAGCAGCAUAGAAAACCUAUUGGCAAAGUGCUGAGCACUGCAGCAAUGGAGACUGGUCUUCUCAGUACUCGUGAAUUAAGUCCUCAAAAAAAUCUGCUUUUGUCUCCCCUCCGGUACUCAGCGCAAGUGGCACAUCACAGUACUCUGAAACCACAAGCACAGCCCAGAUGCUUUGAGGCUGGGAACUUGAGAUCCACAGCCUCCCCAAAUGUGCUUCGAUCGCUGGAAGUACGUAGUAUAGCAGACUCCUCUUUUUCUAGGACCACUAGAUUUUGUAGUGUGAAAGUAGAGUCACUUGGCAAAAGACCUGAUGUAAUUUCUAAAGCAGAGGCUAGGGACAUCACAGAUGUGGCUAGCAAGGCAUCCAAAGAACCUGCGAGUUCUGUAAGUAACUUAGGAUUUCUGGCUUCGCUGGCCCGAAGCACAAACAGGGAAAGUUUACAGAGUUCCUGUGGGACUGACAGGUUUCGGACUUCUGGUAUUGCACUACCUACAGACCUGCAGCCUUUUCAGGAAGAAAGCUUUAGGAAAACUGCUCCUCCAAACGAAGCUGCUGAAUAUAUUCUAUCUGCGCAUGGGCUUGGAAUGAAUGGAAGUAUGGCAGCUGUAGGGAAAAGAGUAGCAGGUGAAACAACUCAUCUUCCGCCUGUGAAUGGCUUAAUUCAAGCAAAAAAGAAAAUUUCUAAGCACUGCUUUCUUUGUGGCAAGAAAACUGGAUUGGCAACCAGCUAUGAGUGCAGAUGUGGAAACAACUUCUGUGCGACACACCGCUAUGCAGAGACUCACACCUGCACCUACGACUACAAGAGUGCGGGACGGAGGUAUUUACAGGAGACCAAUCCCAUCAUUAGUGCACCAAAGCUUCCCAAAAUUUGACAUGGUUGUGCUGCAUGUGGCCACUCUGCUGUUGAAGAAUUGUAUUGAAUUGAGAGAAGCACUUGUUUAAACUGCAUAUUUUUGCCAUGCUCUGUAUUUAAAGGUUUGCCAAGUAACAAAAGCACAUGAGGAUGCAUCGAAGAAUAAUGUGAACACUACUGCAGUUAAAACUUUUCUUCUUGAGUGAAUGAAAAGUUAAAAAUUAGUUUCUAAAAACUUACACUAUGAUUUAACUGUUACUGCACGUGUUGUGUUUUAUAUUUGGAAAAGCUAUUUCACUAGACAAGUCUUUGAAGAUGCACUUUACUAACUUUACUGUAUAACCAGAGUUGAGGGGGUGUUGUAAUGAGGGUGUCACGUAAUGUCUUCUGUACUCUUGGUUUUGUCCAUUGUGUGGUAUCUUCUAAGUUAUUUCACUAGAAAGGUCCUCCUCCCUCCCCUUUCUUCAAAAAGCCUGUUUUGAGAUUUUAAGGGGAUAGUGUGUUCCACCCCUCUGUUUCAUUCUGAUUGAUAUUCGUACAUUGUGUGUCCAUUCUGAAAAUUACAUAUCAUCUUAAUCACAUUUUCUUAAAAUAAUGCUGUUUAUAUGACAAGUUUGUUUUUAAAUAGAAGGUUCCCUGUUUGUUGCCAUUAAAUAUAAGAACUUAUUUUAACUUUUUUGGUAAUCCUAGAUUUUUUUAAGACUUCACAACUUGCUUUGUUAAGAUGUUGAAUGCUGUUACUGGAAGAAAUUCUAAUAAAUAUUAAAUUUUA